AUGUCGUCGAAUCCAGCCUUUAAGGGCACCACCGGUUACAAGACUGUCGGACGAGGCAAAUUGCCUGACUUUGAGAACAGCUCGACAUCCCAUAUUCCACGUCCGCGGCCAGAUAAUUCCUCAACCGUCACACCUCAGACCCCCAGCAGCGAUAUCGGUAGUUCCACAAUGAGUGCCGCCAGCAGCCGACAGAGGCAGAACCAGUCCAAGCGAGAUGAGGCUAUCCGCCGAAAGUUGGAGGCAGACCUCAACAAGAAGAGACACCAUCCGACAAGGGCAAGCCGUGCCCGCAAGGCUCCUCCGGGUACAGUCCUUGCAUUGAAACCCAGUACCGCUCUCCAGAUCAAACCAUCUACCACCAUUGCGGAGGCCGCCCAAUUGAUGGCAGCAAAGAGGGAAGACUGUGUUUUGGUGACGGACGACGAUGAUCGGAUUUCCGGAAUCUUCACCGCUAAAGAUCUAGCGUUUCGGGUAGUGGGAGCAGGCCUCAAGGCUCGCGACAUUACAGUGGCGGAGAUCAUGACGAAGAACCCCCUGUGUGCAAGGACAGACACCAGCGCUACAGAUGCCCUCGAUCUUAUGGUACGGAAGGGAUUCCGCCACUUGCCCGUUAUGGACGAGAACCAGGAUAUUUCGGGUGUGCUCGACAUUACAAAGUGCUUCUACGAUGCUAUGGAAAAGCUGGAGCGUGCCUACAGUUCCUCCCGCAAGCUGUACGAUGCAUUGGAAGGUGUUCAAUCGGAACUCGGUUCUACCCAGCCCCAGCAGGUCAUUCAGUAUGUGGAGGCUCUUCGCCAAAAGAUGUCUGGUCCUACACUCGAGACUGUCCUCGACGGCCUGCCUCCGACAACCGUGUCCGUGAGGACCACUGUUAAGGAAGCUGCUUCAAUGAUGAAGGAAAACCAUACUACUGCUUUGCUGGUGCAGGACCAGGGAUCUAUCACGGGUAUCUUUACUAGCAAGGAUAUUGUUCUCCGUGUCAUUGCCCCAGGCCUUGAUCCUGCGACUUGCAGUGUAGUCCGAGUGAUGACCCCUCACCCUGACUUCGCCCCUUCUGACAUGAGCAUCCAAGCUGCUCUCCGGAAGAUGCAUGAUGGGCACUACCUAAACUUGCCUGUGAUGAACGAAGGAGGCGAAAUCGUUGGAAUGGUGGAUGUCCUUAAACUCACAUAUGCCACUCUGGAGCAGAUCAACUCUAUGCAGACGCAUGAUGCUGAAGGCCCAGCAUGGAACAAGUUCUGGCUGUCAAUGGACCAUGAGUCCGAUUCGAUGGUUUCAGGCAGCCACCAACCCCAUACCCCACAUCGAUCGGUUGUUAGCCCCGAGUCCCCUAAGGCUACCUUCGACACACGGGACAGCGUGCUCCCUCAUGAAUCCGCCUCUCAUCAUGGUGGAGACGAGCAUUCCGAAUACCACCCAGAAGAGCCUGUUCCGUUUCCCUUCAAGUUCAAGGCCCCUAGUGGUCGUGUGCACAGAGUCAACGUUCUCCCCACUGCUGGCAUUGCGGAGCUGGUGGCUCAAGUUACUGCGAAGCUUGGUCCCGAGGUGGAGGCUGUGGGCGGUGCUGCCACCUCUGAAGACGGCACCCUCAGCAACACCGGCUAUGCGCUGAGCUAUGUUGAUAACGAAGGAGAUACUGUGUCGAUUACCACGGAUCAGGAUCUUGCUGAUGCAGUCAUUAUUUCCCGACAGGCUGGCAGGGACAAGGUCGACCUUUGCGUUCAUGACCCCACCCAGCCUCCAAUUACUCCCGUCCCUGCCCCCGUGGAGCCUGCACCUAAACAUGUCGAGAUAAAGAUCCCUUCUGGUACUGAGGAAUCGCUGGAGGAAGAGCCUAUUGUGGCUAAGCCCCGGACACACCAGGCAUACCCAGCGCACCCUCCCGAGGAACAAUUCAUUGCAGGCGUCCCCAACGAACUACUGCUUCCCGGUGCCAUUGUCACCUUGGCUGCCGUGAUUGCUGGAGUGUUCAUCCUCAGCCGUGCCACCUCGCGGUAA